UGUGGAUGAAGAAAGGAUUUCUCUCUCUCAGAGCUCAGUUAAACCUGCUGUCAGUUGGUGUUAAGGGAGCAACCGAAGCAUUCGAUUCCCAGAGAAAGAGUGGCACAGCAAUAUAGGAGGGUAAAGAGGGAACCAAAGAGAGGGGGGGAAAAGAGAGAAGAAAAAGAAGGAAGGAAGAAGAAAGGAAGGAAGGAAGAAACCAGAAGGGGGGGGAAACACCAAAAAUCUAUGCUUGGACCUGGGCUUCUCUCUCGCCAAUGCAAAAGGGAAUAUGCAGCACAUUUUUGCCUUCUUCUGCACCAGUUUCCUAGGGGCAGCGUUGGGGGUCAAUUUCCCCAGCAACAUCCAGAUCGGGGGAUUAUUUCCUACUCAACAAUCCCAGGAACAUGCAGCCUUUAUGUUUGCAUUAUCUCAGUUCACAGAGCCCCCCAAGCUGGCUCCACAGAUUGAUAUUGUGAAUAUUAGUGACAGUUUUGAAAUGACCUACACCUUCUGCUCCCAGUUCUCCAAGGGGGUCUAUGCUAUCUUUGGCUUCUAUGAGAGGAGGACAGUCAACAUGCUCACGUCCUUCUGUGGGGCACUACAUGUCUGCUUUGUAACACCCAGCUUCCCUGUUGACACAUCCAAUCAAUUUGUUAUCCAGCUGCGCCCUGAACUUCAGGAUGCCCUCAUCAAUGUCAUUGAAUAUUACAAGUGCCAGAAGUUUAUGUACAUUUAUGAUGCUGACCGGGGUUUGUCAGUGCUGCAAAAGGUGUUGGAUACAGCUGCAGAGAAAAACUGGCAGGUAACAGCAGUCAACGUUAUGACAACAACAGAAGAGGACUACAAGUCACUCUUCCAAAAUUUGGAGAAGAAGAAGGAACGGGUCGUGGUUGUUGACUGUGAAUCAGAACGACUAAAUGCAAUCUUAGGCAAGAUAAUCAAGCUUGAAAAAAAUGGGAUAGGAUACCACUAUAUUCUUGCAACUUUGGGAUUUAUGGAUAUUGACCUGGGGAAAUUCAAAGAAAGUGGAGCAAAUGUGACCGGAUUCCAAUUGGUGAAUUACACAGAUACCAUCCCAGCCAGGAUUAUGCAACAGUGGAAGAACAAUGAUGCCAGGGAACAACCUCGAGUGGACUGGAAGAGGCCAAAGUACACAUCUGCUCUUACGUAUGAUGGGGUUCGGGUAAUGGCAGAAGCUUUUCAGAGUCUCAGAAAACAACGGAUCGAUAUUUCCCGUCGUGGGAAUGCCGGGGAUUGCUUGGCAAAUCCAGCUGUUCCUUGGGGACAAGGGAUUGAUAUCCAGAGAGCUCUACAACAGGUGCGCUUUGAAGGACUGACAGGAACUGUCCAGUUUAACGAGAAAGGACAUCGAACUAAUUACACCCUUCAUGUUAUUGAAAUGAAACAUGAUGGGAUCAGAAAGAUUGGGUAUUGGAACGAAGAUGAAAAAUUUGUUCCAACUAUCACAGAUCAGCAAGGUGCAAAUGAAACAACAACUCUGCAGAACAGGACCUAUAUUGUCACAACUAUUCUUGAAUCUCCAUAUGUGAUGCAAAAGAAGAGCAGUGAGCCAUUAGAAGGAAAUUUGAGAUAUGAGGGAUAUUGUGUAGAAUUAGCUGCUGAAAUUGCAAAACACGUUGGCUACAACUACAGCUUGCAGAUUGUUGCUGAUGGAAAAUACGGCGCUCGAGAUUCUGAAAGUAAAAUGUGGAAUGGCAUGGUUGGAGAGCUAGUCUAUGGAAGAGCUGAUGUGGCUGUUGCACCAUUAACUAUAACUCUAGUGCGAGAAGAAGUUAUAGACUUUUCCAAACCUUUUAUGAGCCUGGGCAUAUCUAUCAUGAUUAAAAAGCCUCAAAAAUCCAAACCCGGGGUAUUUUCCUUCCUGGAUCCUUUAGCUUAUGAGAUCUGGAUGUGCAUAGUUUUUGCCUAUAUUGGUGUCAGCGUUGUCCUCUUUCUGGUUAGCCGCUUCAGCCCAUAUGAAUGGCACAAUGAGGAGGUUGAGGAAGGCCGUGAUCAACCAGCUAAUGACCAGACCAAUGAAUUUGGGAUAUUUAAUAGCCUGUGGUUCUCCUUGGGAGCUUUUAUGCAACAAGGAUGUGAUAUAUCUCCAAGAUCCCUGUCUGGACGCAUAGUUGGUGGAGUUUGGUGGUUUUUUACUUUGAUCAUCAUUUCAUCUUACACAGCCAAUUUAGCUGCAUUUUUAACAGUAGAGAGGAUGGUGUCUCCCAUAGAGAGCGCAGAAGACUUGGCCAAGCAAACAGAGAUUACUUAUGGGACUUUGGAUGCUGGUUCUACUAAAGAAUUCUUUCGGAGAUCUAAAAUAGCGGUUUUUGAGAAGAUGUGGACGUACAUGAAGUCAGCUGAGCCCUCUGUUUUCGUGCCGACAACAGAAGAGGGGAUGAAGCGUGUGAGGAGAUCCAAAGGGAAGUAUGCCUACCUGCUAGAGUCCACCAUGAAUGAGUACAUUGAACAGAGAAAACCAUGUGACACCAUGAAGGUGGGAGGUAACUUGGAUUCCAAAGGCUAUGGCAUUGCAACGCCAAAAGGUUCACCGCUGAGAGGUCCUGUAAACCUAGCGGUUUUGAAACUCAGUGAGCAAGGCGUCUUAGACAAGCUGAAAAGCAAAUGGUGGUACGAUAAAGGGGAGUGUGGAAGCAAAGACUCCGGAAGUAAGGACAAAACAAGCGCUCUGAGUCUCAGCAACGUGGCCGGGGUUUUCUACAUCCUCAUCGGUGGUCUUGGACUAGCCAUGCUGGUUGCCUUAAUCGAGUUUUGUUACAAGUCCAGAAGUGAAUCAAAACGGAUGAAGGGUUUUUGUUUGAUCCCACAGCAAUCAAUCAAUGAAGCCAUACGGACAUCAACCCUCCCCAGAGCAUCUGCAGCAGGAACCAGCAGUGGAGAAAAUGGACGGGUGGUGAGCCACGAUUUUCCCCAAACCAUGCAGGAGAUUCCAUGCAUGGGUCACAACUCUGGGAUGGCCCUGGGAGCAACGGGAUUAUAAUUGUCCCUUGAUGGAUCUUCUGGAUGAGACCAGGGUCUCCCUUACCCCAGCAAGGGGCCAAAAGCAAACCAUUCAAGAAGAGGGACAAUGCAGUGGAUCUUCUAGAAGAAAUCAGAUCCAUUUCCUUUGUUUUCUUUGUGUGUUUGUAUGUGUCUGUUUAUUUUGCAGUAAAUCCACAGGCAGAAGAAAGUACAACCUGUACUGCAAUAAGGAGAGGGCAACUGGACUGAACAUAAUUUGGAGAUAUCCCUGAGAACACGGUUACAGAAACACUGAGGAAGACAGCGCCAUUUUGUUUUUAACUUGGUUGUUAAUAAGUUCUUAGUGUGUGCAAUAUAUAUUUUUAUUACUAAUUCCCGUGAUGUCAGGGUAAUAUCAGCCCUGCCCUGCUCAAAAGUUUUAAAUCAGGUUUAGUUUGGGAUGCAAACCAUAAAUGUCUACACUACUAACAGUGAAAGGGGGAGGACACUUGGAGCAACAAAAUGUGUUAAAAUUGUUGCAAUGAGCCUGAGUAGGGGUAUUGAAGGAGUUCUCCAUUUCCCUGUCAAAUGGGAAAAGGACUUCUAGGACAGUUGAAAGAAAAGCCUAACUUGGAAAAAGAAAUAGGAAGAUUUUUUUUUUAAGAGUUACGUUGCAUAUUCAAAUUUGCAAGGUCCCAAGUAUGUAGACGUUAGUGCCACCUAUAUUGGCACUAAUUGCCAAUAAUUAAUUGGUGUUCUUGGAAUUUGCAUUUAAUAGGCUAUCACUUGGACAGGUUACCAGCCAACCACCUAAGGCGAGGGCUAUUUCCUAUACAUGGGGAAAACCAGGAAAAUGUGUUUAUUUGUGUGUGUGCACACACACGUUUGUAUGCAUGUGCAUGUGUACACACAAGCACAUUUCCUUGUCUGCCUUCUCAAAAAUGAAUAAGCAAAUAACAGCCAUUUUCUCAUUCUUGCACUUCUGUAAAUGUUCCUUCCUGUGGCGAUUUUUGAGUAGAGAACCCUGCAUUGCCAAUUAAUGUUAAAUAUCCAAACUAUUUUGAAUACAUUCAGCUUUUUGGUCUUUCUGGAAUACAUCUAAAGAAUAUCCCAUGGAGUAACUGAGCUGCGUAUAUUUACUAUAACAUAAGAAUAAAUCUAGAUUUCAUUGAAUGAUGCCAACAAGGAAAUGCAUUCACCUAGAUUCAGCCUUCCUCAAUAUUUGCAGCUGGUUCCAUUAAAAAAAACUCAACUAAAAUCAGAUUCAGGAAUCAAAUCUUGGCCAGCAACCGCAUCUACAGAAAAGCCAACAGGUUGGUUUUCAGCUCAUCCAUCUUCAUGAAUGAAAGUGGAACACUCAAAACAUACCGGCUGGUACCUUGCUUCCUAACUUUGUCUCUGAUUCAAAACCCAAGCUUCCAAUGAAAUUCUGAAAUUUACAGAGAUGUCCAAAGCACUAGAAAAUGGACUUGUCGACAGUAUUUCUCCCAGUCAUGUGCAUGCUAGCACACCCAAUGAAAUAAAAGCUCCAACAUGAACAUAAACUACUUGAGCAGAGCAAAACACUUCUCAUUGAAGAGAACUGUGUUAAAGAAGAGAAUCUUCCACUUCAUCAUUAGUCCAGAGGAGGCCCAGCUCUUCUUACAUUUCCCAUCCUCAUAUAUGCAUUUGCUCAUGACUGGAUCACAACACCAGAUUUUACAAGGGGCUAAACCUUUAUCCAAGUGCCAGUGCAAACUCCACAGGGAUUUGUAAUAUCUAAGACCUGCAGAUAACAAUGUGCAAAACACAAGACUUGCAUAGAAUGGAGGAAAGAUGGUCAAGGCUUCAACACAGGCUAUAGACUAAAAUGACUUCGUGGUGGGGUUUGAUAUGACAUGAGUUUGUUUCGUUUUUCACAAGUGUGACUAACAACUGGCUCUAAAACAAACAUUCAUAUAUCACAUAAAGUGUAAGCAGCCACUGAAGUCUGAUUUCUAGGAACUGAUUUUACCAUUCAACACUGUGUUGUUCCACCCACUUCCUCCAUUUCUCUUAAGAUGGCACUUUCAUAAGACUGGCAAUAUGGAAAAUGCAGAUCCCCUUAUGAGGGCACAGCAUGCCUAAUAGCUAUUUCUUUCUGUCAGUGCCACUGGAAAGCUUUUGUCUCCAUCACUUCAUCCAGCUAUCUGUCAGGACUCAGAUCUCAGCAUCUGAUAUUAACUCUUCAAGGUCUUGUUCUUGGUGUAUUAUUAUUGUUAUUAUUUUACGUCUGCUUUUGAUUAUAUUUUGAGUUUAAUUCUGUGUAUGUAUUUAUGGUGCACCAAAUUCACUAAACCGAACCUGCUUUUUUUGUUAAGAGAGCUUUUGAGUGUCAAGGACAAUCUGAUAUUUCUGGUAGUUUCAAGAACUUUAAAAGUUCUUGCAACUAUCUUCCACCUUAAAACCCAAUUUAAGCAGAGUGCAAGAAUUUAUUUGUGUGUGGUCCAAAAAAAAACAAAAAGCCCCAUGAAAUUUAAAGAAAUGCAAAGUCUUUGAAGCAGAAAGUAUCAGUGGCAUGCCUAACAAUUGUACCAGCCAGUUAAAUGAAUCUGUGGAAGGACAAAGGCUGAGAUAAUAGGACAUGGAUAAUAGAACUCAUCUUUAAAAUGUUUUUUGAUCAAUGAAAGGGUGGGAGGAAAGAAAGAGUGAUGCUGAAGAAGUUGGGAAAUGUUAACUUGUAAUAUGUAUUUUUACUACACUUUUCUUAAAUAUAGAAUAAUGGGGAUUGGGGAACCCUUAAAGACAUUGACAUUUUCUCAACAAGAAUCCAUAUUUAACAGUUUUGGCUUUCAUUAAAUUUUGCUCUUUGGUA